CAUUGGGCGGAUCCGUAUAUACUGUCUGCUUGAGCAUCUAAUGCAAACAAUUGCCGAUAGUUUGACUUUUGACUUGCACAGUCUUGACUCUCUAGUUGUGCCGAUGCUUGACGCAUGCCUCCGGGCCGCUCCAAGUCCCGAUAUGUGUGUUACGGAGCGAGCCCGGCAUGUGAUACAGAUGCCGUGUCGCGAACCAGCUUUGAAGAGCUCGUAUAUCAAACUGACGAUGAUGUUCUGUAUUUUUCUCUUUUUAUUUUCGUUCAUCGGCCAGUCAACAAGUUUAAACCGUGAAAGGAGACCUGGGUACUCAGGGCUAAUUUUGACCGUCUACCUUGGAAACGCCUGGGCGGGUGAUAUAUUAUAUGGAUUAUGCAAGUAUGCUCUGGUGGUUGUCUACCAAAGGUAAUCACGGCCGCAUAGGCCAUUUCUGGAACGAGAUCUGGAAAGAGUACGAGAUCGAAGAGGAAGGGACGGAAUGGAUAUAAGACACGGGAUAUGGGAUACGAGACAUGUCCGUGAGAGGAUAAACAAACACU